AUGGCAACAGAAGAUCCACCCACCGACAUAUCCUUGUUGACAAAAAUUGGCUCCAUUGAAAGCAAAGUAAGAACUAUGUGUGACCUAAUACCAAUAUCCACUUGGGGCUUUAGUGCUGACAUCCAAGAAAAGCUACGUCAAAGGAAACAUAGGAUAGUUAAUCAGAAGCUUACUGCCAAGGAAAAGAAGAUGUUAACUAACAGCAAGAAACAACAGGUAGCUCGUACUGUAGGUGGAGUGUGUCGACGGGUUUCAGAAGUGAUUGAUCUGCUCGGAACGAGUUCCACGAAGGAUGUUAAACCAAAGAGGGCGGUUCUAUCCGAUGGAGCUGUCAAAAAACCAGUGAACGUUAAUGGAGAGAAAAAAGAAAAACAACAAGACAAAAAUAUGGAAAAGAAACUUCCGAAAGUUGAAGAAAAAGAAGAAAGCGAUUCUAGUGAUUCUGAUUCCGAUGAGGAACCCAUAUCUGCACCACAGAAAAAUUCUGCAUCAAUAGAGUUGAAACCUCAAACUGAAACAAAUGUUCCUUCUGGAAACGAUGUAAAAGAUGACUCUGACAACAACGAUGAGGAUGACACUACUGACGAAGAAGUGGAAAAUGUAGCGAAAGGAAAAUCGCAUAAACGUAAUGCUUCGACAUCCGAUGAAAUUGCAGCGAAAAGGCCGAAAUUCAACGUGGAACCAGUGCAAUGUUCAACUAAGGAUCAAUCACUUGAUGUAUUGGAACAACGCGAGUUAGCUAUACGGAAACUCCAGGAGAAGUUGAAAUCCAUGAAAGCGAAUCGUCAAAGCAAGAAAAAAGCAUCAGCAGAUCCGUCAGCAGCACUGAAAUUCGAGCAGGAACGGAAACUGAAACGUCGUAUGAGUAAAAUGAAAAUGAAACAAAGGAGAGCUGAAGAGAAGAGGGGAAAGGUCGAAGAGAAAUCUGAUGUAAAAAAGGAGGUGAAGCACGAAACAUCUAAGGAUGAAGUUGUUUCUUUCUCCAAAUUUGACUUCCUCGUCAAGAGCGAUGGGAAGAAAAAAAGACUCAGUACUUCAGAGAAGAAACAGAAAUUCACUGGGAAAGAUUACAAGUCGCUGAUAAAUAAAGUCGAAAAGAGGGAAGAAAAACUAAAGAAGAUCCGUGAUGUUGAGCCUGAAAAAGCAAUGCAGGUUGAAAAUGAAAUUAAAUGGAAUCGCGCUGUGAAUAAGGCUCAAGGUGUUAAAGUUAAGGACAAUAUAGAGCUUCUGAAGAAAGGUUUAAAACGGAAAGAGAAACUGAAGGAAAAAAGGAAGGAGAACUGGUUGAAUAGGGAAAAGAAUGUCGAAAGAGAAAAGGCCAAGAAACAAGAGAAGCGUAAAGAAAAUUUGCAAAAACGGAUUGACGAUAAGAAAAAGAACAAAUUGAAAGGAUUGAAAAAGAAAGGACGGGUUCUAUAG